CGCCUAUCCGUGAUCAUGGCCAAUAAAUGUGUAAUCAUUCAAACUACAACUCCCGACAUGCCACGUGGUUCGGUCACGCAUAAAAAUAACAAGUUUGUGGCCUGGAGAAUGGCAGUGCGCAUGUGCAGCUCUGGGUUUCCUGACUCGCCGGUUUCCGCCAUUUUCUGCCUUUUUCCAGAGAAAGAAAUUCAUCAGACUCAGGUUAUUCAGCACCAAAAUACAAAGGGGUUGCACAGUGAUAACACGUCGAUAUACCCGAACAUGGAGGACGACAGCCAUCCCAAAACGCUCUAUGUGGGAAACUUGUCCAGAGAUGUCACAGAAGUUUUAAUUCUUCAGUUAUUCAGUCAAAUCGGGCCAUGCAAGAGCUGUAAAAUGAUUACAGAGCAACCCGAUAGCAGAAGGGUCAACUCUUCUGUUGGAUUUUCUGUUUUGCAGCAUACAAGCAAUGAUCCCUAUUGCUUUGUGGAGUUCUAUGAACAUAGGGAUGCUGCUGCUGCAUUGGCAGCAAUGAAUGGAAGGAAGAUAAUGGGAAAGGAGGUUAAGGUAAAUUGGGCCACAACUCCAAGCAGCCAGAAGAAAGACACAUCCAAUCACUUCCAUGUGUUUGUUGGAGACUUGAGUCCUGAGAUAACAACAGAAGACAUCAAAGCUGCUUUUGCUCCUUUUGGUAAAAUCUCAGAUGCUCGUGUUGUGAAGGACAUGACUACGGGAAAAUCAAAGGGUUAUGGAUUUGUCUCUUUCUAUAACAAACUGGAUGCAGAAAAUGCAAUUGUCCACAUGGGUGGGCAGUGGUUAGGAGGUCGACAGAUUAGGACUAACUGGGCCACUCGCAAGCCACCUGCACCUAAAAACGUACAAGAAAAUUUGUUUUCAAUUACAGGUAGCUCUAAGCAACUGAGAUUUGAAGAUGUUGUGAAUCAGUCCAGCCCACAGAAUUGCACUGUCUACUGUGGAGGCAUCCAGUCAGGAUUAACAGAGCAACUUAUGCGCCAGACCUUUUCACCAUUUGGUCAAAUAAUGGAAAUAAGAGUUUUUCCAGAGAAAGGUUAUUCAUUUAUCAGGUUUUCAUCCCAUGAAAGUGCAGCUCAUGCCAUAGUUUCAGUGAAUGGGACAACUAUUGAAGGCCAUAUUGUUAAAUGCUAUUGGGGCAAAGAAUCACCUGACAUGGCCAAAGGUUUUCAGCAGAUGGAGUAUGGUCAGUGGGGACAGUGGAGCCAGAUGUAUGGAAACCCCCAGCAGUAUGGACAGUAUAUGGCUAAUGGCUGGCAGGUUCCAUCCUACGGAAUGUAUGGACAGGCGUGGAAUCAGCAAGGAUUUGGUGUGGAGGACUCCCUUCUGGCGGCAGCAGCACAGAACAUAUCAAGGCAGUCUCAGUCUCCAGCUUGGAUGGGAGGUUUUGGAGCCCAGCCUACCCAGGGGCAGGGAGCACCAGUAAUACCAAAUCAGGCAGGAUUUGGAAUGGCCGGUUAUCAGACACAGUGAGCUGGAACUCACUCGAAAUGCACUCAUUCAAAACAAGAAGAAAAACCUUGCAAACUUUAAUUUGAGAAUGUAAUGAGACAAGCAUGUCUACACCUGGAAAGAAGUAGAGUAUUUAUUUUAAAUCUAAAAAGAUUUGAGACUAUAGCCAAGCUUCGCUUAUGGUGGAGGAAGCAAAUGUCAUCUAGGUUUUUUUUUAAGGGGGGUGGGAAGGGUGGGUGGGAUUUUUUUUCUGUGGGGAAGUUUUCAUGUGUAAGAAAGAAAUAAAGUCAACAAAGAACUUUUUGAAAUUCUUGUCUGAAUUUUCACGCCUUGAUACAGUACAACAACAAAAAACAGCAGUAAAUUGGACAAUCUUUAGUUUAUCAUUCCACGUGCACCAAAAUGCAAAUGUAAAGGGAGAUUUUCAUCACUGUAAAUGGUGCUUUGCAAAAAUUUUUUUCCUCACCUGUGGACCAAUUCCCUUCCUUUUGUUUCAAAAUCAAUUCAUAUGUGUCCCAUGUUAUGAUGACAUUUUAGUACACAGUUGUUUACAGAUUCACGAGUGUACAGAGCUGGAGUUUCUUCUGAUUUUCUGUGAACAGAUUAAAAACAAGUUACUGUAAAUCCCCUUUGAGCCACUGGGUAAAGGAUUCUAAUAAAAGCUUGUACAUCUUACUUUCUAUUUCAAAAAAUAAGAAAAUGACUUUCAGUUUGCUGGACCUCUGUUGUAUACUUGCAGCAAUAUAUAUAAAUAAAUAUAUUUUUAAGUAGGUUUUUACCCUAGCUACAUUGACAUGUAUUUGUUCUUGACUAUUUCUUUACCAUUUUGCAUUUUUUUGUGUAGACCUUUAAUUGCAAAGUCUACUUUGAUGCUGUCCUCUAAAUCUAUACAUGCAGUUCCUUGCAUAUACAUGUAAUGUAAUUAAUGAAGGGAAAGGGUUUUGAAGGCGACACAUGUAAAUAAACUUUGAUAACUUAGUACCAACAAGGGUUUUUAAAGCAUGCUUUCCCAUAUCGUAGCACAUUUGUUAUGAGUACUACAAUCCGAAUGAUGUACAAAGCAGUAGAUAAAGUGUGCAAUGUGUGACUGACAUUUAUUUGAUUCUGUGAGAUAUAACUUAAAAAGAAGCCUUAAUUUUUACAAUUUUAAUGCAUCACUUUUGUUUUUGUUCAAGUAUAAUUCAAGCCCUCAAAGUUUUUGAGGUAUGUGCAUUGAGAGCCUGAGUUUUGGAGUUCUUUGGGUUUUUUUUCUGUCAAGUUUUAUUUCCCACUUUAAAAACGUUUGUUUACUAUGGCAAUCUUCUGUGUAAUCUUACAUUUCUUUGUGCCAUUUGCUAAGUUAAAAGCAGAUUAUAACUGCAAAGGAUUGUGUGGAAUUUUAUUUAGACCAGUUUGAGGGUGGUUUGCAUGUUAAAAAAAUGUAUAAAUGCAGGGUUGCUUGAGUAAUGAGUGUAUAUGGCAAAAAUCAUGAAAAUGUUUGAAUGAUGAAUAAACUAGCUAUUGUCUAAAUUUCAUUACUUCAGUUAAAUAAAUUGACAUUUGGAACCAAA